AAUCAAGUUAACUAUGUCGCAACGAAAUCAAUAUAUUGAAUAGUGUUGACCAGGCCAGCAGGAAGUUGAAUAUCUUCUUUUACUUCUUUUUUGUACACAUGACAAUAGUGUAUAAGAAAAGUAAAGGAAUUUUCUUUUAGUUACGAAAAGGUCUUCGCCGGGUUAUAUUCUUUUGGAUUACUUGUGUGUAAAACGAUUGUUUAAUUUUCGUUUCAUUUGAAUUAACAGAAAAAUGUGCGGAACCUAUUCGAUAACAUGUCCUGGAGUUUGGCUUUGUACAAAUGGCUAUAUGGAAGCAACAAUAAAAACUUUAGGAUACUUUUUUAAAACCGGUGCUAUGGAACCUAAAUUUCCAGCUUUGUGUCAUGACCAAUUUUUAAUGGAAGGUUAUUUUAAAUCUAUUAAAUGUAUAUCAGAAUUGGAACAAGUUUUAGCAGCUGAAAGUAUAGAAAUAACUUUGUGGCAGAAUGGACGUAGAUUGGCAUAUUAUAUUGGUCAGUUGGCUGAUGUAAUGCAUCCACCAAUGCCAAAAAUAUCAUGCUUCCAUAAUGUUAAUGUUCAAAUACUCAUGAAUACGUCACAAGCAUUUCCGGGAAUUAUUGCUCCGAAAUUGGAAAUCUCAGCUAGAGCUGUGAUUCAAGAUAGAAAAUGUUCGAAAGAUACAUGUAGUAUGACAGGCAGCUCGAGUCAUUCAGUUUUGAUACCGAAUUUACAAAAAUCUUCAGCGGGAAAAGAUACACCACAUUGCAAUGAUGAAAUUUCAAAAAACCUUGACCAUCGAAGACAACAACCAGUUUGUCAUUCAAAAGUUUAUGGAUCACAAGUAGGAAAACCAACUUCAGGGAACACACUUUUAGCUGCAAGUAUUGGUCAAACAAAUGAUCGUUGUUUAUCGAGUAAAGAUUCAAUAUUUUCUCGGAAUGAAUCAAGGCUACAAUCGAGAAGAAUAUCAUCGUGUUCGAGCUCCAACACAACCAAUUCAUAUGGAAUAUCAUCCGAAUCUAGUUUAAGCAAAUGUUCACAUUCCUUCAGCAAUCCAUUGGACACCGAAGAACAUCAAAGACAUUGCAACAUCUGUCUAUCAUACAAAAAAGCCUUUGAUCCUUUAGCAACAACCUUCUAACUUUCUUUCUAAUAUAUAAAUAAUUAAAAAAACCCAUACAA